ACCAAUGCAAGUGCUGAGUGGUCUGUUGAAUGCCAGCUAGUAUUCUAUCACUGCUGAUUACAGGCCAACAACAAAAUAGUUCAACCUGUGAAGGCAAAACAAUGUUGAAGGAAAAAAUAGUCUGCUUCCUUACUGUGUUGGUAUAUCUGCUGAAAUUAGGCCGAGAAGAAAAUGUCGAGCCUAAGAUAAAAGGAGUCGAAAAGGUUAUAACCACAGAAGUAGAGCUGGGACAAAAUCUAAGUAUUACAUGUGAAUCUGCAGUUGAUAAGCCACGUUUUGUACUACUCUACUGGAUAAGAGCGGACAAUAUGGAAAAAGACGAUUUGAAAAACAUUUUGAAUGACUGUGAUCUGUUCAGUAAAAUAUGUGGCACAAAACAAAGUUACAGGAAAGAAGAACAGACUUUGAGCACUGAAUUACACAUAAUAAAUAUAACCACAGAUGAUAUAAAAUAUCCAUAUAUUUGUAAACUGGCUACCACCUACGGUGAGGAAAUAAAAACAUAUGCUCUUAAAUUAAAAGAUAAGAAUCCGGACAUUUCUAAGAGUAUCUUCACAGCUUCAAUUAUUGCAGCUAUCACUUGUUCUGUCUCCACUGUGAUUCUAGUUGUUUUGUGCAUUUUGUUUAGAAUACAAAUUGUUUUAUUGUACCGCAAUGUAACAGGACUGGAUGAGACCAUUGGAGACGGAAAAGAGUACGACGCUUACCUGUCUUUUGAAGGUCAUUGUAAUACUGAAGCAGAAGAAAGAGACUUUGCAUUCCAGACUUUUGUUCCAAUUUUGGAAAACCACUUUGGUUAUAAACUGUGCAUUUUUGAGAGAGAUGCUAUUCCAGGAGAAGCUUUGGUUGAUGACGUGCAUUUGCUUCUGGAAAAAAGCAGAAGAUUGAUUGUUAUCUUGAGCAAAAACUACAUCACUGACAAAGCCAUGUAUGAAUUUGAAAGUGGUUUGCACAAAGCAAUGGUGGAACGGAAGAUAAAAGUUAUAUUGAUUGAGCUCACCCCUAUAAGUGAGCUGAGUAUUAAACUGGAAUCCCUGCAACUUCUCAAAAUGAGAAACAAGGUUAAGUGGGAAGGAGAUAAGUCUCAGCCUCUGAAUUCUACAUUUUGGAAAAAAAUCCGGUAUUUAAUGCCCGCCAAACCGGUGAAGCCAAAAAUUCAAUUAUUUAAAAAUUCCAAAGAAUACAGACUUGAAAAAUCAGAUCCAAGAAAUUGGUAAUUUCAGCAUGGACCUAGUAAACAUUUGCUGAUACCAGACUACAGUAUAAGUGACAACAUGUUUGUAGCACUUAUCCAAACAUUGAGAUUGCAGUGAUAACUUAACCAGUGUAGGAUCUCUCUGUCUUUUUGUACACAACAAGAUAAAUAUACAAACAGAUAUGUAAAUGUUACCACUCUGGACAUAGGGUGCUUCUGAUGUUCAAACCUUUAGUGUAUCUCAAUUAUUCUUAGUUCCUAAUUAUGUAAAUACAGUAUGUAAAAGUUAAUAGCUUGAUUUGGUCUAAUUUUAAGGGGGUUUAUUCCACAUCGUGGGCAGCAGUUAAAACUUAAUUACAGUAACAGAGCAAUACAGUAUUGUUCCAUUCUGGGGACAGCUGCUCGAAAAGGCUGCUGUCACCCCGUAAUCUCCUAACACUGCUACAGUGGUAGCAGUAAUACCUACCGGAGAUGACUGGGCAGACUGAUCAUGUGUGACCUGAGGCUUGUUUGCCCUGCACCUUUUGUGUCACAUGCAGAGCCAAAUUAAGGGGGGGGGGGGGGAUUUGCCUGGGGCUAAGCGGCAACAGCCAGCAGCCCAGCACAGACAGGACAGCUGAGUGACGGCUUAGCUGUCCCAUAAUGCCACUCAGUCAUUGGCUGGGUGCGCAGGCUGCAGAGAAGGUGGAUGGAUCCCCUCCCUAGCAGUGAUGUGGAGCCUGUGGCCUUGAGCUGUUUGGAGACUAUUGUAUUGCCAGCAGAUCCCCACCAAAAAUGUAAGGCUGGCUACAUAUAUAUAUAUAUAUAUAUAUAUAUAUAUAUAUAAAAAUAUAUGUG